AUGCCUCCGAUGCCACCUAGAGGGACCAAGAGACCCCAUGAAGAUGACACUGAGGGCACAGCUGAUGGUGAUCGGCUGAUGGAUGGUGAAAGACGUGGUGAAGCCGUCGAAUUUGAAGUGUUGCAGGCAUACAGGACCUUUGAAGAUGAGAUGAGCAAGGAAAAGGCUAAAGCUGCCCGUACGGGAGACAUCCAUAUUGCCAUUAAGAGUCUGGAUGAAGUGGAUUCGUUGUUUUCUAAGGUUUCUGGGUCAAAGAAUAAUGGUUUACUAGCACACGAUGCUAGGGCUAUAGUCAGUAUCAGCGAACUAGCGCAGAUGAGUGUGAGAAAUUUGAAAUUUGACGAUUCAAGGAGUUUGGUUAACUUGGAAGAUGUUCUUAAUUGCUGUAAGAGGUAUAUGUUGGGUAGCUUUUUCAGUCUAAAUGGAAUUACAGAGAGCGUGUCGCCAUCAGCUCAAGCACUGGAGCAUACUGACACGGCUGACAGCGAGCGAGAGAGAACACCUGUUGAUGGGGAGGAGAAUACACCUGUUGAUGAUGGUUCAGAUAGAUUAAAGCUCAGUUCCAAGAGAAAAUCGUAUUUGCAGCAAUUUGCGACCUAUGAGGAAUUCCAUCAAUUCAAUUGGUUUAAAAUGGGCUCACUAUUUGACAUUGUGAGUCGAAACGUGGCGAUCGUAGAUCAUCUAUCUGGCCCGUUGUCGUUACAGAGGAAAGAGAGGGCUCCAAUAACGCGGAGGGCUCGCCAACUUGACGGCAACAGCGAGGUUGAAACUGCAUCAAAGGUCUCCGCGGAAUCACUGGCGACAGAAGAGCUUACGACACCUGUCCUGGUUCGAGAGUGUUAUAAGAAGGUUAAACAAAAGAAGGGCCAUGAUCCCAUAAACCUGUUCAAACUGGUAAUUGAUCCUUUUUCAUACGCCAAGUCGGUCGAGAAUCUGUUCUACACAAGUUUCCUAAUUAAAGAAGGUCAUUUAGUCAUGCAGGAGGAUGACGAAGGUUUCCCCAGCGUACGAGUGAAGGAGAGCUUGCCGGCAGAUCCAGACGCUAGGAAGCUUGAGGCGCUAAAAAGGCGAAACACCGCUCAGAAUCACAUCAUAUUUCAACUAGAUAUGCCAACAUGGAAAUCUCUUAUAGAUAUAUACGGCAUCACAUCGGCAUUUCUAGAUUGA